AUGUCGGACGGAUUCCUAACCCGCAAAAAAACCAUCCUCAUCGCCCUGAAUUCCGACACUCCGGACAAAUCGCCCAAGGGCUAUGUCGACGAACCCCUCCUCCCGCUCAUCGUGCUGAUCAACAACCACCAGGACUAUGUUACUACCUCGUCCUGCUCUGGACGGAUUUGUACCUACCUCGAGGGGCUCGAGUCUUCCGCCGACGAGGCUGCAAGCAAGACUGAUUCUGGAGAAACCAAAGGCGAAAAGAGUCAGGACAAUGACGAUGACGAGGAGGAGGAGGAGACAAGCAAAGGGUAUGAAGAAAACACCUCCCUGGCGGCAGUCGAGGCCGCAAAACGGGCAAAGGGCGGACAAUGGUUAUACGUCAGCCAUGACCCUGUCGUCUUUCCCGAUCAGGUCUUGCAGCAAAAGGAUCCUCGGUGGAUUGUCGAGAUGCUUUUUGGGCCAGAGGCACAUCGUGUUGUUACUAUGGAGGAACAGGAAGGGAAGGAGGGGAUGCGGACUAUUGAUAUGGCGCGGUCUCAAUUGGUCUACUUCAAAUUCGAGCCCAUGAUUCUGCAUAUUGAAGCAGCGACCCCAGGAGCGGCAAAGACAUUCUUGAACCACUCGCUCUUCUCGGGGUACCGUAACUCGGGUAUCCUCCCCUCGACAAAACGUACCAUGCUCGCCAUCCGGUCAACCCUCAAACUCGACGCGCCCAUCGCCUAUAUACCCUCUUCCACCUCUUCUUCAACAACAGGAACUACAACGGGAACUGGAGAGGAAAAGAUCUACCUCAUGGUGUCGUUAUCGUACCUCCGCGUGUUGAUUGACUUGAGCAACGACAAGUUCCGAAUGAACGUCGCACAGAUGGCGCGCUUCGAGGAACGGUUAACGAAACAUUUGUUGACCGCGGAAACUACACCAAAGAAGGUAGGGGAUCAGGGUGGAGAGUGGGAGGAUAAGGAGGCGAGGAAGGAGAGGAAGAAGCGUGAGGGGAUGUUGAAGCAGGAGGAGACUGCGCAGGCAAGGGCUGAGAAGAAGAAGGCGGCCGCUGAGGCUGCUGCUGCUGAGGCUGCUAGGAAAGCUGCCGCGGAUGCUGCAACAGGAACAGGAGGGUCAACAGCAGCAAAAACGACAGAGGACAAGACUGCCACGAGUUCUUGA